AUGAAGCCGUCUAAGCUCGUGCGGCCAGAGUUGGACGACAGCGAAAGUAAACGAAUUGAUCGCAAUCAAACGGAGAAGAAACGUCGUGGUAGAUUCAAUGGACUGAUCGACGAACUUGCUAUUUACUUGACAGACAGAUGCCACACGAAAAAAAGCACCGAGAAGAGUUCCAUUUUGAAACUUACCGGUGAAUAUUUUCUCGAGCAGGAAAAAUUAGCGGCUGAGAAAGCUGCGAAAGGAUGGCAAAAACGCGUGAAGCCUGCGUUCGUAGCGGACGAUGAAUUCAACUUUGUUUAUUUAGAGUCGAUGAACAUGGUAAUAAUUGCUCUCAACCAGACUGGACAAGUUGUUUAUGUUUCAGACAAUGCGCAAGCUUGUUUAGGACAUUUACCGCAGAGUAUACUUGACAGAAACGUGUUUGAAUUCAUCGGCACGCGAGAUGCGAUCAUUUUCCAGAGAAUACUGUCCAUACUCGCGACGACUAGACAGUCGCAACGUCUGGAGCCAUUUUGGUGCCAAUUUCGCCGCGGUUCGCACGAGUUUGAAACGAUCUACUGCGUUGGAACAAUUCUUAAAAAUUGUCCCAAGCCCCAGAGCAGCGUGGAUAUUGAUGUUUCCGAGUAUCUAGUGCUACUAGCGAAACCAUUAAGUGGCGUUCCCUCUGAAAAAGUUCUGUCGAAAGCGGAUGGUGCUCAAACAAAAUUCACGGCGACUUUGACCAUGCAAGGUAAAUAUGGUUACCUGGACAAACAUGUCGCCUCGGUUCUGGGAUUCUUUCCGUCUGAGUUAAUUGGCAAAUCUGUUUACGAAUACUGUCACACGGAAGACCUUGAAAAUUUGGUGGAAUAUCAUCGAUGGUUGCUUUCAAACGGAAAAAUCACGACUUGUUUUUAUCGACAUCGCACCAAGGGACAAUCAUGGAUCUGGCUUCAGUCCCGUUACGAUGUGUCUUACAGUGAGUGGGAUUCGAAACCACAGGCAGUAACCAGUCUAACAUGGGUGGUUUCGCAGAGUGAAGUUUGCGAGAAACAGGGAGAAAUUUUGGCACGCGAUAAACGGAAAUUCGCGUCGAUUGAAUUAAGUGUAAACGAGGGAAAUGCACGAAAAAAUAAUUCUCCGAAUAGCUCAUUAAUUCCCAAAAACAUUGAUGCGCAAAGUUGUCAAAGCGAAUUGAUGGAAAUCGAUGGUAAUAACUUGUCAGGAAAAUCAGGUUUGGAGAAAACGGCGAGGUGUCAAAGAGCUGGAUCACUAGAUUCUCAGAGUGACUGCAGUUCGCCAGUGUCUAACACAAAUGGUUCAGAAGACAAUCAACUAAUUGAUAUGCAAGAAAGCUUCCAGUUUCUAAGUAGCAUUAAUUUUCCCUCGGACUUGACAAUCGCGCAACACACCCUCCAUAAAUUCCUGGAAGAAAAGUAUGUACAGGUUAUCGAAACGAUCAACAAGCAAUCGAAAGAGCUUCUUACGAUUCAAAAGCAAAUAAGGAUUCAGGGUGAAUUGCGAGAUAUGCUUGAACGUCUCGAAAAGGAUAAAUCUGCAGAGAAAGUCGAGAACGAAUACAGAACGAUUCAAGAAAUGAUGUCAAAAUAUGGAGAAUUGCGGGAAGUUUGUAAUGGUUCGAGAGCUGAAAAAUUAACGGCAGAAAGUUCUGCCAUUUUAUCUGCGAGAUUAGUGGGGAUGGAGGUGAAAAGUUGCUCCAGUGAAGCCCAAGGUUCUACUGCUAAUUCAGAACAAAACCAUCAUGAGAUCGCCGAGAGACAACAGAGAAGUUAUUAUGAUCAAGAACGUUGGCUUCAAAGACAAGUUGACCAAGUUCAGUGGCAGAAACAGACGCCAGUUAUACAACAAAUGCUCUACUACGAAUCAACACGACGUACACCGCAGGACCAAGUGAUGUUGUACCGGCAACAGCUUCUAGCCGAACAAUUUCAAGAACAAAUGAAUAUACAACAACGCACACAACAACAACAGGAACAGUUUCAGGGGUACCAGCAACAACAAAAACAAGUACGAUUACAACAUUUACCACCACAACAAUUGCAGCAGCCACUUGCACAUCAUCAAAUGCAACGAAUACAACAACAGCAACAAAUGCUACGAUCGCAAACAAAUCCAUCGUCCAAUUCAAAUUGCACAAGUCCUCUGGACUCUAACUUUCCACAGGACAGACUUCCUGUUGCUAAUAGCUCACCACAUUCAAACAACACACAAGAAAACUCCCCUUUUAACAAUCACUUUGCUCAGUCUCCUUGUAGUAAUGACUCAUUGUAUGAUUAUCAGUGGUUUUAG